AUGUUUGUCAUCUUAUAUCUUGCAGACGUCAGCAAGGAGCAUCAUCCUGAACGGCAGGAGUCCUUUCAUAUCAAAAAGGAGGAAGAAGAAGAGUUCCUACACAUUCAGGAGAUAUUCAUCCAGGUUCAGCACCCUCACGUUGAGGAGGAGUCGCAACCCCCUCGCGUUAAAAAGGAGGAGGAAGAGUCACCACUUAUCAAAGAGGAGCAGAAGGACAUCACCAGCUUGACUGGUGUCCAUUUGAAGAGUGAAGAUGAAGCGGAGCCCCCGAGCAGCAGCUCAACAGGUGAUGGAGACCACCGUGGAGGAUCCCCAGCAGAUGAUCUCGUAGAACUUGUAUCAGACAGUGACCAGGCAACGUCACACUCUUCUGACUAUGAUGACUAUGAGGAGGAGUCGAGUGGUCAGAAGACGGGUCAAAGUGACAAACACUGGAAAUGCACUCAAUGCGGUAAGACCUAUCGUCAGAGGCAUGGUUUGAAAGGGCAUAUGGCAAAACACACCGGAGAGAAACCUUUCUCCUGCACAAUUUGUGGUAAGAGAUUCAUUGAAAAGGGAAGCUUAAAAAGCCACACAAGAACGCACACAGGAGAGAAACCUUUCUGCUGCUCCGUUUGUGGAGAAAGAUUUUCUCACAGGCCGACCUUGAGAAAUCACGCAAGAAUACACACCGGCGAGAAACCUUUCUCCUGCUCUAUUUGUGGUCAGAAGUUCGGUCAAAAGUUUCUCUUAAAACGUCACGCGAGAAUACAUAACGGAGAGAAACCGUUCUCCUGUGCGGUUUGUGGUCAGAGUUUCACUGAAAAGGGAACCUUAAAACUCCACGCAAGAAAACAUACUGGUGAGAAACCUUUCUCCUGCACAAUUUGUGGUCAGAGAUUCACUGAAAAAGGAACCUUAAAACUCCACGCAAGAAUACAUACUGGUGAAAAACCUUUCUCCUGCUCAAUUUGUGCGUUUGAGUCCCUCUGA